GUUGCAGUCCUGACAGUGUUCUCUCCCCCUCCCAGCGCCAUGAGGAUCUUACUCAGCAAGGUGCCUCGCUCGUGGAUGGUGGACGAGAAGAAGGACGACGGGUAUACGGCGCUGCACCUGGCGGCACUCAACAACCACGUGGAGGUGGCGGAGCUUCUGGUUCAUCAAGGUCGAGCCAACAUGGACCUGCAGAACGUGAACUUGCAGACGCCUCUUCAUCUGGCGGUGGAGAGGCAUCACACCCAGAUUGUGAGGCUGCUGGUGCGGGAGGGCGCUAACCUGAACCUUGCGGAUAAGGACGGGGACACACCCUUGCACGAGGCGCUGCGUCACCACACCCUCUCGCAACUCCGCCAGCUCCAAGACAUGCAGGACGUGGGCAAGUCGCCUCAGCUGCUGAUGGGUCUGGGGACUCAGGGCGUGGACAAGAAGAGUCCCGCCUCCAUUGCUUGUUUGCUGGCUGCCCAUGGUGCUGACCUCAACAUCAAGAACAAAAAGGGACAGACGCCCCUUGACCUGUGUCCAGAUCCCAACUUGUGCAAAGCUCUCACCAAGUGCUACAAGGACAAGUCUGUGUCUGGGGACAUGGGAGCCCUUGAGGUGUGCCCCGAAGAGAGCCUGGAGGAGUGCAUGGUCUGCUCAGACACCAAACGGGACACCCUGUUUGGUCCAUGUGGUCACAUUGCCACCUGCUCCAUAUGUUCUCCAAGAGUCAAGAAAUGUCUUAUGUGCAAAGAACCAGUCCAGUCCAGAACUAAGAUUGAGGAGUGUGUGGUGUGUUCAGACAAGCAAGCAACUGUGCUCUUCCAGCCAUGUGGCCACAUGUGUGCCUGUGACAACUGUGCUUCCCUCAUGAAGAAGUGUGUACAGUGCAGAGGUGUCAUUGAGAAGCAGAUUCCCUUCAUUGUGUGUUGUGGAGGACAAGCACCAGCUUCCAACCUGCCCGGGGUCAUCCAUACCAACAACAACAGUAACAGUGGCGGCAGCAGCAGCAGCAGUGGUGGGGCCAGUGCUGGUAACAGCAGUGUUGCUGCUGGCGCUGGUACUAGUGCUUCAGGAAGCAACAACAAUACUACUGCAGGCCACCUGACAGUGUCUGGAACAGCUGGUGUGUCGGUGCCCGGCCCCACUGGUCCACUGAUGAACAAUGGCUCCCGGGACAUGUCCUCCGCUGACCUACAGAAGCUCCAGCAGCAGCUGCAUGACAUAAAGGAACAGACAAUGUGUCCAGUGUGUCUUGACCGACUGAAGAACAUGAUAUUCCUCUGUGGUCAUGGCACCUGCCAGAUGUGUGGGGACCGCAUGCAUGAGUGUCCCAUCUGCCGCAAGCCUGUAGAAAAGAGGAUCUUAGUGUUCUGAGCCUGAAUACUGGUCUCGGCAAAGACUGAGACACAAUGACUAUAUAGUCAAAGACACAGUGAAGACUCAUUCCAAGGAUCACACUCCAGAAGGCUUGAAAUUUGUUCAUUAAUUUUUGUCAAUGCAGAGAGCUUAGAAUAACUUGGCUUUGACAAUGAGCUGCCUGUUGCCUGAUAAUUAAAUGGAGUCUUGUUACUUCUCUAAAUAUAUGAGCAUGUGUAUAAAAAGCUGAUAAUUUAACCAACAAUGAGCUGCCUGUUGCCUGACAAUGAAAUAGAGUCUUGUUACUUCUUUAAAUAUAUGAGCAUGUGUAUAAAAACCUGAUUAUUUAACCAACUUGCUCUUAUGGUGAAUUGUGGCUUGUGAUCAAGUGUUGCAGACUGUCUCCACAGGUAUUAGGUACCAGGCAGUUCCAAACAGAAAUACUGGGAUCUAUUUUGCAAAACUUUGUGACAUUCUGCAUCCUUUGCAUAUUAAAUAUAAUGACUGGUCAGGCAAUUUUUUUUAAUAGGCAACUCUGCCAUUUCCCUAUAUAAAGGGGGCACUGUGCAGCUGUAUUCAUAGAACAUGUCUGACCAUUUUUUUAAUAAGCAACUCGGCCAUUUCCCUAUAUAAAGGGAGUACUGUGCAGCUGUAUUCAUAGGACAUGUAUGCCUGUUAUUCAUUAAAUAGAUGCCAGAUAUCACACCACAGUCCAGCAAGUUGUAUACACCAAGGCAGUUCAGAUUGCUAUUGUGGACUGAAGUUCAUACUUUUAACUUGUCAAUACUGAGGCUUCACUCUUGGAGGUGAAUUACAACUUUCCAUUAUUCAAUAUUAAACUUGAUUGUUAGUGACUGGUAUUUUUUUUCACAACAACAUAGAUAAUGCACACACACAAAUUCACAUCACAUUUAACUGUUAUCAUUUUCAAAGUUGUGAAAUCACAUGCAAAAUUCAUGUACAAAGUGAGAUGGUUCAUCACUACUCAUGUGCAUGUGAUACAUUGAUUCUAUGAAGGAAUUGUGUGUGCAUGCCUUCCUCCCAUCCAGUAAAUAGUUGGUCAUGGGAAUCUGAACAUUACAAAGAAUGAAUCUCUUAUCAUUAAAUUGGUAUUAUGCAUGUUCCUGCUAGAAUAUUUUCUAAGUAGGAAUUAAACAUGCUGGACAAAAACUGUUUAAUUUUUGCAGGGGCUCUAAAUGAACACCAUGGCAGUUGAAGUGCCAUGUAGUGUAAAAGAGGCAAAUGAGUUAUGCAAGAUAAAGAUUAGAAAAUAUUUACAGUUAAGAGAUUCAUACUAUAAUUUAUGGCAACACCUUAUCUUUGUAACAUCUUUCAUGGUGAUAAUGUGCAUAGCAGCAGUCUUGUGACUCGCUGCCAGACCACGUGUCCAGCUUGGAAGACGUGUGUGCUGCUUAUUGCAAUUUAAUACAAUUUAUCAUGCUGUUUAUAUCUUAUUUUGUAAAAUGCUAAGAUUUCUGUACAGUGUUAGUGCUUUUAACCAAAAAAGAUGUUGUGUGUGAGGGAGGAUAUUUGUGCAUUAGAGUUAAAGACUGUAAUGUUACCUUCUUGUUAUCUUUUAAACUGAAAAAUGCUAUGUUGUCCUUAAUUGUCUGCUGAUGUUUUACUUCAGAUUGCACUUCAGGGAAAGAAAUUACAGACUAAAGGGAAUGCAUGAUCUAAAUGCCAUGCCUGGAGAUUGUUACUAAGGCCAAUUGAUAUUUACACAAAGCCUAGUUUUUAGUCAGUUAACAUGCUCUUAAGAAUCUUCCAUCUCUCUUGGCAGGUUGUACAUACAACACUUGUCAUGAGAGAUGUGCUGCCACUAAAACCUUUACAUGGCAGGAGAAACUAUAUAUGAGUGUUGGUAUCUUAUUUUGGAGAUGUUUAAAGAAUUUGACCAAAUGGAUGACAACACUCACCACUAUUGCUCUUGAUUCCCUCACAUGCCAGUGACUUCAGCUGCCCGACAUUAAGAUGAGCCCUCCCUCUUGUGAUUACCAGAAUCAUUCAGCGUAGGAUAACAAUGCUGCCAAACACAUUCAUCUCAGUGGAGACUUGUCAAUACAACCUCCUUGGCUGUAGGCACUUAAGGAUUCUUCUCUGCGUGAUUUAUGUCUGUGCCACACCCUGAAGAUAAAGAGGUGAGAUAAAUAAACUGACAUACUGUGAUCAUUUGACACCUCUCUCUCUUUCUCUCUCCCCUUUCAAUGGUCCAUCACUCAGGAUGGCCAAGACACAGGUGCUCUAAGGAUACCCUCUCCAUAAAAUCCCUUCAUCCAAACUGCACCUUAUCUCCAACCUCUCCAUCUGAUUUCAUUAUCUAUUUUCUCUACACACACAGGCCUCCAUCUUUAAUUUUUACACUUGCUCUUAAGUAAUCAAUCCUCAUCUCAGGGUAUUCAUCUUACAAUACCACACACUACUCUUAAAACCUACUUUUCUACUGCAGUUACCGUGUAUAUUUCAGUAGUAGCUACUAUUACAGCCUUCCAGUCUUCCCAUAUCUAUAGUGAUUAUUAAGAAGUUCUUCUAGGAUUGGCUGUAUGUUUACACUUUGUCAUCAUCAAAGACAGCACUGAUUAUAAAACUAAACUAGUGCAAAGGUAGAUCUCAUUUAAAAACAUCUACUUGCUUAUGAGUAAAUUAAAAUGGAGUUUUUAGAAGUCAUACGUCUUUGUUCUUGCUUCUAAAAAAAGAAAAUUCGCCAUCAGAAAGGGAAUGAUAAUAAGAGUAUGCACAGGUUUGACGACUGUAGUAUGCACAUAACUAUACCAACAAUUUGUAAGCUUUCUGUGGCAGCUUAUUAAUGCCAUUUGUUAUAACACUACUGCAGCAUGAAAUUAUUAAAUUUAAUAUGCAAGGCUUAGAAAGCCAGUGAUGAGAGCAUAAGCUUUCACUAUAGCCUGUGUUGUCACAUACAGUAAACAAAAUUUACAGAAAGCUGCAAGGAGCACAUUUCCUUCCUGCUACUUCCACUAUCCAGUUGAGGCAUCAGUGCAACAGACAACAGCCAUGUCUAUUACUCUACUUCCACUAACAGAUUAAGACUAAAAUUCUCUUCCAUAACCAGCUAUAACAUGAAUCAAGCUGUACAUAGAACAAAUGCUUUAUAUGAGCUCAUAUAUCUUAAUCAUAAUACUGUUAGGAUGGCAACAUAAGCUAGAAAGCUGACCUGCAGCACACUGAAUGAGGCUUUUUAUAUGUUUGCAAGACAUAACAUCCACUAUCAUACAAAUCCUUAAUCAUACACCUCCUUUGGUUGAUAUUUAAUUAAAAUGGCAUGUAAAUUACUUUUAAGAUACAGCCUAAAAAUUACAAAAAAAAAAAAAACUGAUCUACCCUAAAAUUACAUCUAUCAUGAGCUUUUAUAAGAUGUUAUUUGUAUAUAUUGGGUGUCAGUCAACAAUGGUUUGGUUGCAGCAACAUCAGAAUCUGGUGCGUUCAGAUCCCAGAAGGUAGAAAAUUUCAUUUUUCGUGAAGAAACAAGGGAUGCAACUAAACCUCAACUUGGCAGUGAUGUUAUUUUGUAAGGUACACAAGUGAUAUCUGGAGGUAACCUAUCCCCUCUGAAUCCCUACUUGUGUGUGUUGUGUAGAGGGAAACACAAUGGGAAAUCAAAAUGUUUCAUGCAGCUGGGUGUGUGUGUGUGUGUGUGUAUAUAUAUAUAUAUAUAUAUAUAUAUAUAUAUAUAUAUAUAUAUAUAUAUAUAUAUAUAUAUAUAUAUAUAUAUAUAUAUAUAUAUAUAUAUAUAUAUAUAUUGUGUGUGUGUGUGUGUGUGUGUGUGUGUGUGUGUGUGUGUGUGUGUAUUCCUCUCUCUCUCUCUCUCUCUCUCUCUCUCUCUCUCUCUCUCUCUCUCUCUCUCUCUCUCUCUCUCUCUCUCUCUCUCUCUCUCUCUCUCUCUCUCUCUCUCUCUCUCUUUUUUUCUUUUGUGUGUAACUUAUUUCCAUUGUUAAAAUGUGUUUUUCCAGGUUAAUUUAAAUUUGUUAUUCCAAUACAAAAAUAUUAUUAUUUUAAAUCUGCUGCUUGUUUCAGGUUGAUGCAUUUUAUUUGACAUUGUCACAGGUCAGUAUUUAACAUUUGUAUACAUUUUCCUUCUGAUCAUAUAUUUACAUUAAGGAAAGAAGAUGACUGAAGACCAUUUGUUCAUGUCUCUUUACUGUGCCACUUUUGGCAUAAUUAAACUGAUUUUUCACCUUUGAUGUUAUUAUAUUGUGCAGUCAAAUAAAAGCAAGCCACAAGUGCUAAGAAAUGGCAAA